UUGUCCCCACAUCGUCGUGUUAAGGCAACUGAAGAGCAUCAGAAGACGGAACAAACCGACAAACCUCAUAUUGCCGAAGAAAAUCAGGCAAUGCCAAAUUCGCAGGACCCACCGAUUUUGAUAGCAAAGGAUGUUCCAUCCAGGUUAAGAAAUAAUGACUUGGUACAGGACUCCAAGUUAGACACCGUUCUUAUCGAUCACGAUGGUAACUCUGUUCAACAUACACUGUAUAAAUCAAGCCACCGGGCUCGCCGGCGCCCAAGGAAAAUUGAGGAGACAUGGAAACGACGUGAGAAGAUUGGCAGCGGAACGUUCGGUAAAGUUUGGCUCCAGGAGUGCAUCGAUGGUGAAAAUAUCGGGCGAUUUCGUGCGGUAAAGGAGAUAACCAAGAGGAAGUGCGAGGAUGGAAGCGUCCCAAUCGAAUACAACCGAGAGUUGGAAGCAAUCGCGAAAUUUUCCCAGUCCAAGUAUGUGCACUGCUUCGCCAGGUCGCAUGGCUGGUAUGAGAACAGCGCUACUAUCUUCAUUACAAUGGAGUAUUUCGAAAACGGAGAUCUUCAGCGCUAUUUGAAUCACCCUUUCCCGGAACAUGAGGCUAAGGAGAUAGUGUAUCAAAUUCUUGAAGGUCUACGCUUCAUGCACAAAAACAGUUUUGCUCAUAGGGACUUAAAACCAGCAAAUAUUCUCGUUUCUGAGGCCUCCCCAAACUGGUGGGUUAAGAUAAGCGAUUUUGGUAUUUCCAAGAGGGCCGAACAGGAGUCAACGGCAUUCCGUACAUUCGCGGGCACGAGGGGCUACCUUGCUCCGGAGGUUGUGGCCAUCUAUCCACCGGAUGAAAAGAUACGCGAAAAAGGUUCUAAAAGGAAGGACAUAUACACCAACGCCGUGGACCUGUGGGCUCUUGGGGUGAUCAUGUUUCAACUGCUGACGACCCAAGUUGUCGUGAAGGAUCCCCACGAACUCUGGGAAUACGUGAGCGGUAAUCAAAUAUUCCCAGAAGAAAUUCUUGACGAACAUGAUGUCAGCGGUGCAGCAAAAACUCUCGUUAAACAUCUAAUGGCCCCAUCACCCGGACGCCGACCCUCCGCUUCGGCGGCCUUGAAUUACGAAUGGUUCACGGACUUGGAUGAUUCUUCAGAACCAAAACAUACCAACGAAGAAUUGAAAACCUCCCUCAACCCCAAACAGGUUUUACCAGCUGAUUCUAUGGCCACCGCAAGCCUAGCAUGGCCGACAUCAUACUCGGAAAGAUAA